CUCACAGUGGUCUCUGUACGCAGGACAGAUACCCGGCCAUCAUGGAGCUGACUCUCGGUCGUCUGGCUGCUUUUCUCGCUUCCUUUGGUCUUGUCAGCUUUGUGUGUCUGAUUGUGGCUAUUGGAAGUGAUUUCUGGUACAUCAUAGACACUUCGAAGAGAGACAGCAACAAAUCAUCAUCUCUCAGCUCUCACUCUGGACUCUGGAGGACCUGUAACUUUCAACAUGAAUGCAAACCUUUUAUUAACCCUUUUGGAAAUGGAGGAAACUUCACAGAUUCACAAAGACAUAUAUUAAACAUGCAGGCGACGUUCAUCGUGCUGCUGCCCGUCAGCGUGAUCGUCCUUUUCAUCGGAGGGAUGAUGGGCGUCAUGAGCAUCCUGGCUCGAGCACAUCGUCUUCUUCUGGCCACCGGAUUGCUUCUCCUCAGCGGCACUGUGAUUACGUUAACGGGCAUCUGUGUCUACGUGGCCUACUCUGCAGCCGUCUUCCAAGAGGCUGUGUGUAAAUCUGGACGUAAGAUUCUGGAAGACAUUGACAUCUAUUUUGGCUGGUCACUGGCCUUCGCUGCCAUUUCCUUCAUUACUGAGCUCAUCACAGCCAUCACGUUUCUGCUCACUUCAGCACGCUUGGGCCAACUCAUGCGCCAAGACCAGGACAGGUGCUUAGAAGAAUAAAAUGCACGUAGAGGACGUAAAGUACGUGUCCGGCUUGUUGGGUACAGCCUUUAUGUAAGUGCGUAAGUAAAUCUUUUAUAUGAGUAGAACUGAAGAGUAUAAAGCUGUAUAGAGCUGACAGGGACGAAGGUUCGAGUUCUCUGAGAACGGCUGUGAUUGUUCUGUCAAGACGAUGGAGAGAGAGAGAGAGAGAGAGAGAGAGAGAGAGAGAUGUGGCAGCAGAUUGCUGUGGAGAAUAACCACAUUGUUGUACUGUAAAGUAAUCAAAUCAAAUUUGCUAAAAAAAAGUCUCUGCAAUGUCACUUCAUAAAAUUUCAGGCUAAUUACUGACACAGAACUUGCGGCUGAUUCGAGUUUUUGGUGCCUCCUAGUGUUUCUGCAUUUUUACAGAUUUAUAAUGAUUGGAAUAAAUAAAUGGUAUUAAUACAAAGUGAGUCCAUGUUUAAAAAUCCAGCCAAAUGAUCGAAUUAAUAAUAUUUAAAACUGCCGGUUUUCAUCGGGAAACCUGCGCCGCUUCGUUCCUGCGUCGAUCCGUCCGUAUGAAGACGCGCUGUUAGAAAAUACUGCUUAUUAAAUGUUAUCUUAUGUUAUAUCCAUGUACUGGGAAUCAUUUCAGCAUCACAAUACUGUGUAUACUGUGUUCUGGGAAAAUAUUUACAGUGCUGAUAGAUUACAUUGUGUUAAAGACUUUACCUCAUCUGGUUAGUCUGAUUAGUUCUUAUGUCUUAUUAGCUUUAAUUUGUCAUUUUAGGUUAAAGGUGGGGUCUCCGAUGUUUGAAAGACAAUGUUGACAAUCGAAAUCACCAAAACAAACACGCCCCUAACCCAAAUUUGUCCCACCCCUGUAUCGAUAGCUCCGCCCACACAUACAUACGUAACCCAGGUAACUAAUAGAAAGAAACGUGUCUAUCAUAGCUGAAGUGAAGAACAAUACGAUUGUAGAUAAACAAACAAGCAAAAAUGACACACAAGCAUAAUCAUGUAAAGGACAAAGGCAUAUAUUAGUUCUGUGUAACAAAGCAAAACCAACGUUACUCACCUAUCGAGAAGGAAAAAAGCGCCUCGGCGUCUUAAGUAAAGUUGGUCAC